AUGAUAAAAGUUCUAGUGGGAGCAGCUAUUCUUCCUCUUCUUCCAAAUGUACUAGCUUCCUAUAUUGGUAGAAAUCAAGCAAUUUUUGAAGUUCCAGGAAUUGAUGGAGCGUGUCCUAUUGACUUACCGAUAACGUGCUCAAACUCAACACCAAUAGAAAACAAAUGUUGUUUUGAAUCACCAGGUGGUAUCUUUUUGCAGACUCAAUUCUGGGACUACUAUCCCCCUAUUGGUGACAAUGACACGUUCACUCUCCAUGGCUUGUGGCCCGACAAUUGUGACGGCUCAUAUGAGCAGUUCUGCGAUGAUACCAUGAACAUCGACAAAGCUGGCGAUAUUGUUCUUAAUCAAUUCGGCGAUAAAGUAUUAUACGAGAAGAUGAAAAAACACUGGAAAAACUUUAACGGUGAUGAUGACUCGCUAUGGGUGCAUGAGUUUAAUAAACAUGGAACUUGCGUUAAAACUUUGUAUCCUACUUGUUAUAGAAGUUUUAUUGCAAAUAAAAAUGUUGUAGACUAUUUCAACAUUUCUAUGAAACUUUAUGAAAGUCUUCCAACGUUUAAGCUUUUAGAAGCUGAUGGAAUCGUCCCUUCGACAACAGAAACAUACACCAAAAGACAAAUAGCAGAUGCUCUUUCUAAAGGUUUUGGGGGACAUAAUGUCUAUUUUAAGUGCAACAAAUAUAGGGCACUUCAAGAGAUAUGGUACUAUCACUACCUACAUGGAUCUAUAAAACAGCAACAGUUCUUACCCAUUUCAUCUUUGUUGACAUCGAAUUGCCCUGAGGAGGGCAUUAAGUUUUUGCCUAAGUCCGGGUGGAAACCACCACCAACAACUCCAAAUCCUCCUCCUUCUUCUCCGGGCAAGGGAUACAUAAAAAUUUCGAAUCAUAAUGGUUGCCUUAUCAGCAACGGUGAAUGGUACCAAUACGGAACAUGUGCAACUUUUCAAAUAUUUAAACUGCAGUUUGGUGGCUACAAUUUGAAGUCAUCAAAAGGGUUUUGCGGCAUAUCACCCGAGGGGCAAUUACAGUGUAAUCGUGCCAUCCAACCGUCAAAGUUUCAAUUUCAAUAUGAGAAGUCAUCUGGAGUCAUUGGAUAUGGCGGUGUUGACUCAUGGUGCUUUAACAAAGAAGCUUCUCAUGGUCCAGGAAAAUAUCAACAGGUACCAGUCAUGAUAGGAAAAGGUGAAUGCCAAGAUAAAUUUCAGCUCAAGCUAAUAUAA